AUGAGCACUGUAGUGUGUUAUGCGCCUACAAAUACUGCACCAGAUGAAGCGAAAGAUGCUCUCUAUGGUCAACUACAGGAUGUUUGGAGUAGUAUUCCGGACAGGGACAUAGAGAUAGUUCUAGGCGACUUUAAUGCGAAGUUGUAUCAGGGCUCAGCUGAGGAAGGUCUUGGAAAAAAAGAGAUUAACUUAGCGGAAGAAAUGGAUCUCAGAAGAGACCUGGACCAUUAUACUGAAGAGACAUACACAGAAAGUGUACAGUAUGUUAACAGACUUGAAGGAGAUGAGGAUGCCCUCAAUAUAGAAACAGCCAAGUACUGGAGUCUUAAUAGCGAAGUUAAACGCUGUGGAAGACAUAAUAAGCGGCUUUUUCUGGAAAAUGUGGCAGAGGCAGCAGACAGGGCACUUAAUUCCGGUAAUGGACAUGGACCUGAAGAACAAUUGGAUGUUAAUAUGGGUGUCAUUACGGUGAGGGAAAUUGAAAUGGCACUAAAACAGUUGAAGAACUGGAAGGCACCGGGUCUAGAGGGAAUAACUGGAGAAAUGCUGAAAGCCGACGCGAAUGGUGCACCUCAAGUACUAUUGAAGCUAUUUCAAGAAAUAUGGAGCACUGAGGUUGUCCCGGAUGAAUGGAAACAAGUAAUCAUUAUAAAACUGCCCAAGAAAUGUGAUUUACGAGUGUGGAAACUGGAGAGGGAUAACAUUAACAGGAAUAGUAUCGAAGGUUUUCUGUCUGGUCAUACUGAACAGGAUUCAAGAAUCCUUAGACCAAAGGCUAAGAGAUGGACAGACAGGGUUCAGAAAAUCAAGAAACUGCAGUGA